AUGGUCGCGGACAACAAGCGCAAGGUUCUCCACGACGACUCGGACGAUGACUUCGCGCCCUCCGCGGAGGCGUCGCCCGUAGAGAAACCGUCGAAGAAGAAGUCGAAGCCCAAGGCGUCGAAGGCCAAACCCGAAACGGACGGUGGCGCCCCGAAGGAGAAGAAGCAGGAGGCGAAUCUCGACUACGGCGUGGACAUCACUUCGUACGACCAGAGCCCCGAGCUCACCGAGAAGUACAGCGCGAUGUCCGUGACGGAGCUCAACCAGUGGCUCAAGGCCAACCGCGUCGUGAAGGGCCCCGCGAACAAGGCAAACCUGGUGGCGAGGUGCGUGGACGGCGAGCUCUUCGGCGCCAUCCCGCCCUGCCCGCGAUGCGUCACGGGCAAGCUGAAGGUUGCGUACGCGUCGCUGGACGCGCACGGGGGUCAGGGCGAUUGGACCUGCCGCGGAAGCUUCGACGAGAGCAUCGGCAUUCGCGUCAAGUGCUACUUCACCGCUCGCCCGGGCGAGGUGACGCGGUUGCCGUGGCGAGAUCUGCACGAUCCCGCGCCAGAGCCCGAGAAGCCCGGAGCGCCCAAGGGCGCAUCCGUCGCCGAAGCCGAGUUCCCGCCGGGAUUCGAGUCGUUCGCCGGCAAGGACGCCGCCGCCGCCGUCAACGACAUCGCCACCGCACUCGGCUUCCAGCUCCCGGCGGAGGGCGCCAGGUCGGAGAUCGGCGCGCAACUCCUGGCGACGAGGAAUGCAGACGGGAAAUGGGACGGCGCCGCGACGCUCAAGGCGCUCCGGGAGUUGUAUCCGCCGCUGACUGCCGAGGAGGCCGCCGGCGGUCCCCCCGCGAAACAUCCGGAUAACAGCGCGUUGGCGUCGUGCCUGGACCACCUCGUGCGGCUCGAGACGAAGCACAAGGAAGCGGACGCGUUCAAGCUCAGGGCGUACAAGUCUGCGGCGAUGGAGAUUAGGGACCUGGACUACGCCAUCACCAGCGGAAAGGCUUGCGCGAAGGCGGGGCCGACCAAGGUGAAGGGCGUCGGGAAGGGCCUGGCGGAGAAGAUCGACGAAUUCUUGAAGACGGGGACGAUGGCCAGGAUCACGGAGCUGGAGAGCAGGACCAACGCCCCCGCGUGA